AGCUCUCCUUGUUCAGCUCACUGCAACUUCACUUCUGAGAGUCUCUCCUUAAAAUUAUAAUAAACAGACAAAAGACAAAACAAAAAAUGGGAGAGAAGAGAGGGAGCAUUGCCUUCUUCACAACCUAUCGCCCACCCGUGGCUCUGGACAUUUACUCCUGUCCGUUGCCUCCCAAGUCACCACACGAAGAACUUAGCAUGACCGACGGAGAGUCGUUCAAUUACGAUGGUCAUUCCAUUACCCCCGCGGCUCUCAAACUCAUUAUCAAGCGUCCGAAGCUGAUUCCCGAAGGAAUCAAGGAUGCCGAUGUAGAUAAUGGCAGUGUCUCGGGUAUAGUGUUUGUUUCCGAACGAGAUGACCUGGAAACACUUCAAAUUGCUAUUCACAAUUCUGCAUCUCGUAAAGCUGUUACUACGAAAGUCUUCAGUUUCGAGGAUGUUUAUCCUCGAUCAGACGGCGUUCGCAUGGAGGACAGCCCUUGCGUAGCUGGUGCUAAACGCGAUACUCUCGUCUAUAUUUCCACCAAGGAGCCUGCUCCGCGUCGUCGUCAGCCCUGGACCGUGGUUUACAGAACUCAUCUCAAGACUGGAGAAACCGGCCGACUUACACCAUCAUUGCAAGCUGAUUUAAGCCCCUCUGUGUCACCGUCUGGAAAGAGGAUAGCCGUGGCGUCGUACCAGAGGAAGGCCGGUUGGGCUGGGGAGAUCCAAGAUUUGCAAACCUCUAUAUAUGUGAUGAAUGUAGAGAAGCCAUUCAACCGCAAAUUGGUUGUGGAGAAUGGUGGCUGGCCGACUUGGGGGAGUGAAGGUGUCCUGUUUUUUCACCGGAAGGUUGAUGCCUUUUGGGCAGUUUUCCGUGUUGAAUUUGGUGACUCGUACAUUUCAGAACCCAUUCGUGUAACUCCAGACAAGUCAAAUGCCAUGACCCCUCUAGCCAUCGAUUCUACCACUGUGGCUGUGUCCAUGAUUCGUGAUUUGGCAAAAUUCGGUAUUGAUCGCACACCAGAGCACUACCGUCACAUUAUAGUAUUUGAUUCGAAUACUAAGAAACCAGUGAUGGAUGUCACUCAAGUAACGAAACCUCUAGCAGAUCAUUUCAACCCCUUCUUGAUAAUGGAUGCUAAAACCAAUACCAAGCGCAUCGGAUAUCAUCGUGUCAACACUGGCCUUAUUAAGCCUGGAGAAAAUAUAGAAAGACAGUUCCGUAAGAUUGAGUCCCCGGUUCCUGAUGUAGGACUGUUCAGGUUGUCCGGAGCAUUUCCAACAUUUUCCAACGACGGCAAGAAGGUUGCAUUCGUUGACAAUGAGUUCAAGUCUGUCUGGGUCGCUGAUGAAAAAGGCUUGCGGAUGGUUUUUGAGAUGGAUGGACCGGGCAAAAUCUUUUCCCCUGUGUGGAACCAGAACAAGGAUUUGGAUAUCCUGUACGUGUGUAUUGGACCGGCUUUUUCAGCUGAUCAGUUAUUAGAAAUACAUCGCAUCCCAAACGCUUCCAGAGGAAGACAACAUGCUCAACUCCUCACCGAUGGUUUCAAUAAUGCUUUCCCUUCCUCUAAUCCUGAGGGUACACAAUUGGUUUUUCGUUCUACAAGAGAUCAUCCUAUUGAUUCUAGUAAACCUGGAACGGAAAGGAAUGAUUUCAAGAAUCUAUACAUAAUGGAGGAUGCAGAGGAAGGAGAUUUUGGUGAAGGGAAAAUAACGAGGCUGACAGAAGGGGAUUGGGUUGACACACAUUGCCAAUGGUCCCCGAGUGGAGAGUGGAUUGUAUUUUCUUCCACUCGCGACAAGCCCAAAACAGCGCCACUCAAGGACAAUAAGCUUGAUUCAGGGUAUUUUGCAGUGUAUCUAGUGAACCCCAAGCAUAAGGACGUGGUGGUACGAGUUUUUGGAAGUGCAGAUGAUCUUGCAGGGCAUGUGAACCAUCCAUUCUUCAGUCCAGAUGGAAGGAGCAUUGUUGUCACCGCGGAUCUUGCUGGUAUUUCUGUCGAUCCCAUCUCAUUGCCUCUUGUGGAGCACUCGGUCAGGGCCUAUGGAGAUAUUUUCAGUGUGGACAUUGACAAGGAUGACAUUAAGAAGAACGAGAAUGUGAAGAAUUUCAAACGCAUCACACACACUAGAUAUGAGAAUUCUACGGCCACUUGGACAAUGUUCUCAACCGAUGACCCAAAUGCAUCAUGGAAUCUGCAAUUCAGCGAAGAAUACACUCCAGCUUGUCCUCAUGCACCGGCUAGUGGAGCUGAAAGUUGGCACAUGAGUGGCCACCUCUGCAUCCCAAAACGUUGUUGCUGAUUGCGCGCAACAACGUUUUUCUCAAUCUCCUGCAGUUUCAUCCAGUACUUCAAUAAUUUUCAGUUUCAUGUUGAAUUCAUUUGAAUAAUAUGUAAUGCAAUCUCAAUGUAAUAGCUACGUACGGCUAUUCAUGUUUCAUUUCUGUAAUUCAGUGCUUGUUUCGAUAUAUCAUGUAUGCAAUAUUUACACUUUGUUAUUAUCAGGAAAAAACUCAGUGCUGAUUGAUCUGCCGUCGGAAAUUAAAUACAACACAAUAUUUGAGAUUAA